UUGCACAACGUGUUUUCCCACCCGCAGUUUGCUAUUUCCGAUUUUCCAACAUAAACCGGAACGCAUCAUUCAGUUCCUCAACAUGUCGGCGAGACGCUGGUAGUCCGUUGUUCUACCAAUCAGCAAGCUAGCGCGCUAACAACUAAAAAAAAAACUCCGGCGUUUCCCUACCAAGGGCUCACUAGAAGUUUGACUAAAACCAAGGAUUCGACGUUAGUGUUGUCGUUUUGGUCGGAAACAUGAGUUACACGACGAAGGUAGUCCAGGUGACUAAUGUGUCGCCGAGUACAACAUCUGAGCAGAUGAGAGCACUUUUUGGUUUCCUGGGAACCAUUGAAGAACUCAAGUUAUUCCCACCAGAUGACUCUCCCAUGUCCGUGACGUCACGGGUGUGUUUUGUGAAGUUCCAGGAGCCAGAAUCUGUUGGCGUGUCCCAACAUCUGACAAACACUCUUUUUGUGGACCGAGCACUGAUCGUGGUCCCGUUUGCUGACGGCGUCAUCCCAGAUGAGGCCAAAGCUUUGUCGCCGCUGCUAGUGCCGACAAACAGCGUUGCGGGGCUCCUACCCGGAGGAGGACUUCUACCCACGCCCAACCCCCUUCCCAACCCAGCUAUGGGAGGAAACCCGUUUGCUGGUUUGAACAUGGAUGCGAUGGCAGCGUUUGGAUUCCCUGGACCCAACAUGAAUCCUCAGGCUGCUGAUCAACUGCUGAAGCUCAUGACGGAUCCUCAACUCAACCCUCUGGCAGCAGGCCUGAACCUCAGCGCCGGUCUCAAAGCCGACGCUGCCAACAAGGAAAUGGAGGAAGCCAUGAAGAGAGUCAGAGAGGCGCAGUCGCUCAUAUCUGCCGCUAUAGAACCAGGAAGUGAGAGCAGGAAGAAGCGCUCUCGCUCUAGGUCAAGGAGGAGGAGGUCCAGAUCCAGGUCCAGGCGCAGGCGAAGCGGCAGCAGGUCGAGACGACGCUCCAUUUCCAGAAACAGGAGGCGCUCCAAAAGCCCACGCAGGAGGCGGAGCCGCUCCCGAGACCGAAGCAGGCGCUCCAGAAGCAGAUCCAGAGAUCGUAAGAAGGAGGACGUUGGAAGGAGGAGGUCCAAAACUCCGCCUAAGAGUUACAGCACCACUCGCAGGUCUCGCAGUGUGAGCCGGAGACGCAGGAGAAGUCGCAGCGGAAGCCGAUCUCCUAAGAAGUCUCCCAAGAGGAGGAGCUCCAGGUCGCCAUCGCCUCGCAGGCACAAGAAGGACAAGAAGAGAGACCGGGAGAGGGAACGACGCAGCGAAAAAGAACGAGGACGAGAAGAACGAGAACGUUCUACCAGCAAGAAGAAGAGAAGCAGAGACAAAGAGCGAGAGAGGAAGUCAGACGUGGGAGACAAAGGAGACAUAAAGAUUACCAGGGAUUACGAUGAAGAAGAGCAAGGCUACGACAGUGAGAAGGAGCGCCAAGAAAGGAAGGAUUCCGACUACUCCGCAUUGUCGCCUAAUUUUGCAGACGACAACGGUGACUCGCAGCAGGCCAACGGCGACGACGAAGACACUCAUGAGGACGACAUGGACGUGAGCGACUGAGCAACUUGUCCUCCCUGAUCAUCGCCAGGCUCUUUCCAUCCAAACAAAAUGAACGUUUAAUCAAAAAUGUGAAUUCAUGUGAUUUAAAGUUUCGUCUGGUACUCUCUCCUGUGGUGAAUUGCUACUUUACACACUUCACAUUAAGGCCACACUCCCCUCCCAUCAUGGAUACGUUGUCCCUCUUAUACCCAAGUGUGAAACUGGAGCUUACGUUUGUCGCUUUAUUCAGUCACCUCACCUUGUUUCCUUUUCGUAGGGUUUUGUAAUUGUUGCUUUUUGGAACAGUUGUCAUUUAGCUCCUUAUUAGGAAAACUUUGUUUUAUUAGGUAUUGUUUUUAUAUAUAUAUAAUAAAACCAAUUUGGUGAA